AUGAACGUGCGGCAGGCAGCGGCGCUCCUGCUGGUGGCCCUGGUGGGCUGCCUGCUGCAGUGCGGGCAAGGCGUGAAGCGGAAGAGGGGAGUGAGCGGCCGGCGCAGGGGGCUCCUCAACAGGAGGCUCAAGUACAUCAACAGCAAGUUGAUAAGCAGGCGGAAGGAAAACUACGUGAAGGUAAAAAUGACCGAAAAUAAAGUGAAGGGCAAGGACAUUAUCUACGGAAACGAGUGCAGAAACGAGUUGCUACGAGGCAUUCUAACCGUCUCAGAUGUAGUGAAGCUGACAUUAGGGCCGAGAGGAAGGAACGUCCUCCUCGAAAAGGAGUAUGGAAGUCCCCUAAUCAUAAACGACGGAGUGACGAUUGCAAAAAAUAUAUCUCUAAAGGAUAGGAAGAGAAACAAUGGAGUUAAACUCAUGCAGGAGAGUACCAACAUAUCAAAUGACAAGGCAGGAGAUGGCACGAGCUCCACAGCCCUAAUGACAGCCACCAUCACAAGGAAAGGCAUCGACCAAGUUAAUAGGAACCACAACCCGAUACCAAUACAAAGAGGUAUACAGCUAGCUUCAAAAAUGAUUAUAGAAAAGAUAAAGUCUCUUUCCACUCCCAUAAAAACGUAUAAAGACAUUCUUAACAUCGCCACCAUUGCAAGUAAUAAUGAUACCCAUAUGGGCAGUAUCAUCGCUAAUGCCUACGACAAGCUCGGCAAAAAUGCGGCCAUCAUUCUGGACGAUAACGCAGAUAUAAAUGAUAAGCUAGAAUUCACUGAGGGCUAUAAUUUUGACCGCGGAAUUAUUAACCCCUACCUUCUAUAUAAUGAAAAUAAAGACCACAUAGAAUACAACAAUGUCUCUACCCUCAUUACGGACCAGAACGUAGAUAACAUUCAGUCCAUUUUACCCAUCCUGGAGAUCUUCGCCAAGAACAAGCAGCCCCUCUGCAUCAUCGCCGACGACUUCAGCAACGAGGUGCUCCAGACCCUCAUCAUAAACAAGCUCAAGGGCGCCAUCAAAGUGGUGCCCAUAAGAGCCCCCUCCUUCGGGGACAGGCGCAAGGACUACCUGAAGGACCUCUGCACCGUGACGAACAGCAAGUACAUAAGCGCGGACGUGGGCCUGGACCUGAACAGCCUGCACAACAACAUGAGCUCCUUCGAUAACAACUACCUCACCCUGCUGGGAAGUGCAAACACCCUCAUCGUCAAGAAGGACAGAACGAGUCUGAUCACCAAGGAGGAGUACAAACAGCAGAUAGACGAGAGGGUUAAAGUGUUAAAGAAAGAAUUUGAAGAAACGACCUCCAAAUAUGAUAAGGAGAAACUGAACGAGCGAAUAGCUGCCCUGUCAGGUGGAAUAGCCAAAAUAUUAAUAGGAGGAAACACAGAAACGGAGCAGAAGGAGAGGAAGUUCAAAUACGAGGAUGCUACCAACGCAGUGAAGAGCGCAAUCGACAUUGGGUACGUCCCAGGAGGAGGAGUCACUUACCUCGAAAUAAUAAAAUCCAAUUUCCUAAGCGAAAUACACAAGAAAAUUGAAGAAGAGCUUCAAAACAUGGGCAACCAAGAGGAUAAGAAGUACCUAGAUUUAGUAGGCAAUCUAGAAUCCGAAAUGGAGCUCCGAAAAAUGGGAGCCAACAUUGUAGUGCACAGCUUAGAUGUAAUCACCAAACAAAUUGCAGACAACGCAGGAGUGAAUGGGGAAAACGUCGUGAAAAUCAUUUUAAAUGCAAAAGACAAAUACGGAUUCGGCUACGAUGUAAAUACAAAUAAGUUUGUUAAUAUGGUUGAAAAUGGAAUUAUUGACAGCACAAAUGUGAUCAUAAGCGUUAUUAAAAAUAGCUGUAGUAUAGCCAGCAUGGUUUUGACCACCGAGUGUAUGAUGGUCGAUAGUGAGAAGAAGGACAAGGGCAUCCUAGACGCCAGCAUCAGCUCGCCUAACUAUCUGCAGAAGCAUAGACGCGCGGGAGGGUACAAGAGGAAAAUGGACCAUCUGGACGAUGAGGAGGAUGAGGACGACCUAGAGGAUGAAGAGGAUGAGGAGGAAGACGAGGAUGAGGAGGAGGACGAUGAGGAGGAUGAGGAGGACGAGGAGGACGAGGAGGAGGACGACGGGUACAACUACGACGAGUAG